GAGACUAUGGAGGGCUGUCAUCAACUUUGCAAGUUUCCUAUUGGCGGCGAAGAGAAGAUCUUAGAUAAAUACUUUCAACUCGGCCGUGUAACAUUUUACGGAUUCAGCAUGUUGGGCUUCUUUCUCGUGAUCGCCUUGUUGUUUCUCGUUCCUGUUGAAGAUGGCGCGCUUCCGGUCAGAGCACUGUACCCUUUCGACACGACUAAAUAUCCGUGGCACGCAGUCGGUUUCUUCGUGGAAGCCUGCGCCGUUUCUAUCGGAAUUACCGCUAUUAUAGGAAUGGACAGCUUGCACACUAAUCUUUGCAAUCUGUUCCUUGUGCAACUCGAGAUCUUGAACAUGCAUUUUCAGAACUGUAGCGGCGACGCUCUUAUCGAUAGACAAGUCUAUUUAGACGUCACUGAGCGAAGCUAUGCCUGCUACGGGAUCUUUUCUAAGGAUAAUUAUGAUCCGGAAAAAAUUUGCCACAGCGGUUUUACUAAGGUAUACAGAAGAUCCAUCCGCAGUCAUCAACGUCUUCUUGCCAUAAUAGACGACUUCAAUGAGGUGUUUAGCACUGGCAUGUUCAUUCAAAUGCUCUCGAGCACUUCGAUGAUUUGCCUAACCGGCUUCCAGGCCACCUUGGUAAGUCGUGAUAAGUCAAAGUGCCGUCACGGUCAAAUCGUGAUCAGUGACUUCGCUUUGUUUCGACCAGGUCACAGAUCAGAGCUCCAACAUCUGCAAAUUUACAAUCUAUCUGGCGGCGGCCGUCUCGCAGCUCUUUUACAUCUGUUGGGUGGGAAACGAGGUGAUGCACCAGAGCGCGUCGUUGACGCAAAGUCAAUGGCUUUCGGGAUGGAGCGACAAGCUUUCCGCUAAGACCGGACGUCUAUUAAUACUAUCCAUGAUAUUUUCAAAGAAAACAUUAAAUCUUAAGGCAGGUCUGUUCUACGUCUUAUCUAUGGAGACGUUUAUCG